AUGCGGGAAACAAUUGAAAAUUACUACUAAAUCCCCAAACUGUGUAAUGCUGUCCGGCAUCCUCAAACCUCUAAUUUUCACAUUUCCCCGUCGCCCCGCCGCCGCCGCUGCCACCACCGUCAGAACCAUGAGCUCCUCCGGGGAAUCGACCCAGCGAAUGUUUCAGCUAAAAACCGACCCGCUCACUGGAAAAUCGGAAUGGGUCGUCAUCGAAGAAGAUGAAGAAGAGAAAACAACACCAAAAGCCCUUCUCGCAACGACGUCGUAUCUCGACAUGCUUAACGACACCCGCCGCAACAGAGCCUACCGUCACGCCAUUGACAACGCCGUCACUAAACCCUGCCACGUCCUUGAUAUUGGUGCAGGAACAGGAUUGCUGUCAAUGAUGGCAGCUCGUGCAAUGGGGCUAACUGAUCGAAAAGGUGAUAGCUCGUGUUCGAAUGGGAAGGUGACCGCUUGCGAGUCGUACCUUCCCAUGGUAAAAUUAAUGAGGAAAGUUCUUCGAUCCAAUGGCAUGGAUGGUAAAAUACGUCUCGUAAACAAGAGGUCCGAUGAAUUGGAAGUGGGGUCCGAUAUCCAUUCGCGAGCUGAUAUUCUCAUAAGCGAGAUCCUAGACUCGGAGUUAUUGGGCGAAGGUCUUAUUCCGACUCUACAACAUGCACAUGAUAACCUAUUAGUCGAAAAUCCGCUCACUGUUCCUUACAGAGCAACAACUUACGGUCAGCUGGUUGAGUGCACAUAUUUACGGGACAUGCAUGAUUUAGUUAAUAGAGAAGCAGAAUUAUCGGACGGCAUUCGUCUUGUUCCGAGUGGGAUGGCUGGUGUUUUAGGCGUCAAAAAGCAGCAGCAAUUUGCAAUGCAUUGUGAUGCACUUAAAGAAGAAAUCAAACUGCUUUCGGAGCCUUUUAAAGUUUUCGAUUUUGAUUUCUGGAAAAGGCCGGACAGUUCUCGUGAAACCGAGCUGCAUAUAAAGACUACGAACGAUGGUACAGUUCAUGCUAUCAUCUCAUGGUGGUUGCUUCAGCUAGACAGUGAAGGAACAAUCUUCUAUUCCACGGAGCCGAAUUGGAUACGACGUCCUGAUGAUGUAAGAGAGUUGCAAUCAUCUUCCGAUAGUUCUGAUAAUUGGUGUGACCAUUGGAAACAAAGUGUUUGGUUCCCACAAAGCUUAGAUCUGCAUGUCUUAAAAGACGAAGAGGUUCACUUACACGCAUUUCAUACCGAAACGAGCAUCUCAUAUGACUUCAAAACUUUAAAUGAAAAGCGACAGGUGGCGCAUGUUGAUGCCUGUACCGACGAUUUUCAGAUAGCUCUUUCACCAGAAAGGAAUGCAUUAUACGGAGAUAGUAGUUGGAGACGUUUAAUGCUUAACGCCAUUGAAAAAGCUUUGCGCCAAAGAAUAGAUCCUCUGUGUUUAGUUGCGGACGACAGUAUUUUCUUGGCAAUUGCUAUUGCCCGUCUUUCGAAGAGUUCAAAUGUGAUUCCUUUGUUUCCGGGACUUGGAAAGAAAGGUUUGCAAUACCUGCACAAGGUUUGUGCAGCAAAUAGCUUCACUAUGGAUCGCAUAGAAACCAUAUCGAAGAAGGAUUUGCUAUCUACAAUGCAAGAUUCACACCAAAGAAAGAUUAACUUAUUGGUUGCAGAACCGUUCUACUACGGAAAUGAUAAUGCACUUCCAUGGCAAAAUCUGCGAUUUUGGAAGGAAAGAAGUUUGAUGGAUUCGAUUCUAUCAAAAGAUGUGCUAAUAAUACCUUGUAAAGGACUGUUGAAAGUUUGCGCAAUGUACCUCCCCAACCUAUGGAGAAGCCGAUGUUGUCUGAAAGAAGUUGAAGGGUUCGACCAUUCAAUCGUAAAUACCACAUUGGGAGCAUGUGGAGAUUUGCCCCUUACUGAAGAAAGUCCGUUUCUGCCCUUUUAUGUUUGGCAGUGCGGGGAAACUAAGAUACUCAGUGAAACGGCCACCGUCUUGGAGUUUGAUUUUUCAAAACCAAUGAGCUCGUGUUCUGGGAAAACUCCGAUUCGAUUUAGAGAAUCCGGAAUGUGCCAUGGAUUUGUGCUUUGGAUUGAUUGGGUUAUCGAAGCGGAGGAUAAUCCCGUUUUGUCUACAGGGCCAGAUAAUAGAAAUUGGAAACAAGCUGUGAAGCUUUUGAAGAAGCCUGUUGAAGUUAAAGAAGGCGAAUUUUCGUCAACAGAAAUCGAAGCAUUGUUUGAUCCGUCUAACGGUGAAGUCAUUCUACAACAUGCCUUCUAAUUAUGUAUGUAAUAUUAAUCAAAGAGUUGUGUAUGUAUUAUAAUUAUGAAAAUUGAAACUAACCUUUUUAAAAAUUAAAACCUUUGCUAUAGAACAUUUCCAGUGGUCAAUUGAAAUUUUAUUUAUU